UUAAUUCAUGUAGAAUGAUAACAGGCAUCCUACUAACAUAUAGCAAUACUCAAUUUUAAUUCUCAGGAAGCAGAUAAAAAAAAAAUUAAAAUAAAAAGUGGCACCUUUAAUUAUUUUCAUUCAUCUCUGUUCAUCGUCAUCAUCAUCCAUACAGUAAGUCUACAACGCCUUUCUCCGUCUGAGAAAAUCAUAAAAAGUACCGUCUUUGAAGUUUCUCAGCACCCAUAAAGUAAACCCUUCAAAACCCUCUUCUUCUCUCUCUCUCUCUCUCUCUCUCUCUUUCUAUCUCUGGUUUGGUAUUCUUGAGAUGGACCCUCCACCACCCAAGAGCUGGAGCAUCCAUACCCGACCCGAGAUUAUCCAGAAAUACGAGAUCCUCGAGCGGGUAGGCUCCGGCGCCUAUUCCGACGUCUACAGAGCACGUCGGCUGUCCGACAAUCUCAUCGUGGCGCUCAAGGAGGUCCACGAUUACCAGUCCGCUUUCCGUGAGAUCGAGGCCCUCCAGAUCCUCCACAACUCGCCCAACGUCGUUGUAUUGCACGAGUACUUCUGGCGCGAGGAUGAGGAUGCCGUGCUCGUCAUGGAGUUCCUCAAGACCGACUUGGCUUCCGUCAUCAAGGAGGCCAAGAAGAGGGAAGGUGGUGGUGGUGGUGGUGGGAUUGGUGUUGGCGAGCUCAAGCGAUGGAUUCUCCAGAUUCUCUCUGGGGUCGACGUGUGUCAUCGGAAUAUGAUCGUGCAUCGGGAUUUGAAGCCCAGCAAUCUGUUGGUCUCUGAUGAAGGAGUGCUCAAGUUGGCUGAUUUUGGGCAGGCAAGGAUACUACUGGAGUCUGGAUAUGUUGCUUCUGGUGAGAAUCCACAACCAUAUGAAGAAGACCCAGGAGAACCUCUCAGCCAGGCAGAUGCCUUCCGGCCAUCUGACAUUACUCCUGACACAGACACCUCAAGUCAAGGAGGGUUCAGAGGUCAAGAGCAUGUAACCAUGAGUAAAGAAGAAUAUUUCAAAGUGUUAGAUGAGCUAAAGUCUAAAAAUUUAGAUAAGGAUACAAAUGUUCAAGAUGGAGAUACUUCUUGCCUAGCCACAUGUACGACAAGCGACAGAGAGGAUGAUCCAUUCAAAAGUUCAUGUUCGUUUGAGGCAGAGGAGGCUGGAGACAAUAGAGAAGGUUCCCUUACAUCCUGUGUUGGAACUCGUUGGUACAGAGCACCAGAGCUUCUCUAUGGAUCCACAAGCUAUGGUUUGGAGAUUGAUCUAUGGUCGUUGGGCUGUAUUCUUGCGGAGCUUUGUACUCUGCAGCCCCUUUUCCCUGGAACUUCUGAUAUUGAUCAGCUAAGCAGAAUUAUGAGUGUUUUGGGCAACUUAAAUGAGGAAACCUGGCCAGGGUGUGUUAAACUUCCCGAUUACAGGACAAUCUCCUUUAACAAGGUGGAAAAUCCAAUUGGUUUGGAAGCCUGCCUCCUCAACCGUACUGCCGAAGAAAUCUCUCUGGUCAAAAAACUUGUUUGUUACGACCCAUCUAGGAGAGCUACUGCAAUGGAACUCUUCAAUGAGAAGUAUUUCAAGGAAGAGCCUCUUCCAGUUCCCCUAUCUGAACUCCACGUUCCUUCCUCCAAAAAUGGACAAGAUGAGGAUUCUCCUGGUGGGUGGUAUGAUUACGAUGAAAUGGAUUCGGAUUCGGAUUUUGAAGACUUCGGCCCAAUGAAUGUUACAACUACAAGUACAGGUUUUUCCAUAGAGUUUCCCUGACCUCAAAGUCAAAGGCAUAUAUAGUUUCUUCUAUGAAUUUGUUGACAUCAUUUAGUGUUUGUAGAGUUUCUGGAAAGCCACAGAUUAGGCUCUUUUUUCUGCUUUGUUCAUCAGAGAGGAGAUCUUUUAAUUUAUUAUUGGGGAGUGAAAAUAUCUUUGAAAUCUAUUCGAUAUGGGUAUUGGUUGUACCAAAGUAAUUCUUGUAAUACUUUACCUUACUAAUGAAGAAUUUUGUUGGCGGUUUUUUAA